UACAUUAUGCUAAUGAGAUGGCAGUGCGGCACGGGGCAGACCUGAUGCACCCCAUUCAUCCAUCCUUCACACAAAUGCCAGCGCGAGAGGUGUACGACCAUUGUCUGACCAGGGUAUAUAAGGUAUCUGAGGCCAGUCGUGUGCCAGGCUCAUUCGCUCACACGAGCUGAUUCAAGCGCAAGAGCAAGACGCGUGCCUUGUACUCAUCAUACAAACUACUUUUCGGACUUUGGCUCCUUGAAAGACAACUGAUACUGUACCUUCUCCAACCAGAUUACUAAGGAAAAACAUCAUGUGCACCGCAAUGGAGACCGUUUACUCUGACAUGGACAGUUCGAGCUGCGACUACUUUAUGCAAGAUGACGAAGAUUCGUGCAGCAGCAUGCACGCUUCCUCCCCUUCAUCCUCCAUCGGCAAGCCCGCCUCCCCGGCCAGCGACAGCCAGGGCUCGUGCUCUACGGAUCUGGCACAGAAGAAGAGACGCAGAGGCAGAGCGAGGAACGAAGCCACCGUUCACGUGGUAAAGAAGAACCGGCGCGUAAAGGCAAAUGACCGCGAGAGGAACAGAAUGCACAGCCUGAAUGACGCUUUGGAGACCCUCCGGACCGUUCUACCGGCGUUCCCCGAUGACAGCAAACUCACCAAGAUCGAAACUCUGCGCUUCGCUCACAAUUACAUCUGGGCACUCUCCGAGACCAUACGCAUCGCGGAUAUUGAACAGCGCCAGAACAAGUCACGGGCUGAUGCGCCUCUCUUGCUUCCCAACUUGCGCGUGAUGGACGCCCCGAGUCCGGGCAGCGAUGCAUGCUCCUGGAGCUCCAGCGCGUCCUCCUCUUCCUCCUCUCCGUCUUAUUGCACUUCAAGCUCCAGCAGCCCAGCUGCACAGAAUGACUAUGGGUGUUUCCAGACUGAUGUUCGACAGUACAGCUACCACAACUUUGUACCAGGCAUGUCCUACUAACUGAACUAAAGCCUUACCACAAACUUUUGUAGACUGCGAGAUUGUUACAAUAGAGUGAUAUCAGAGUAAUAACUGAGUGCCUACUUCAGUUAGUCUGUUGAAAGGGAAAAAACUGAAUGAUAUCACUGUUUGCCUUAACCCAUGUCUCUGUGGGUGUGUUUUAUACCGUUUGUUUCCUUUUCCUAUUUUUACAUGCUCUAAUUUACAUUCGGGUUGAACAUUAAUGUAAUUUAGUCGACUUUUCUAAGUUGCGUAUGAUUGUUUUGUUAGACGUUUAAUAUUCUUCAAAAACAUUUGCACUUUUUUUUCCAGCGCAUACGAUUCCUACUAGAAGCCCACUUCACAGAUCUUGACCUUAACCUCUAUUAGACGAGUAUUAUCACUAAAAAGAAGAAGACAGAUUUGCUUUUGUAGACUGAGGUGAAAAGUCAAUUUUACAAUUAGUAGAGCGAUAAUGCAGAAAAACGAGCGUGGAAAUUCAGUUUCACCGCUCUGACAAUAGAGUGAAAGGCCGUCAGAAGACAAGGACCUGGCUUCAUACAUUAUGGAGAUUGACCCCCUGAAAACUGCAAUCCUGUUCAAUAGAAAGCCUCAAUCCCACGAAGGGGCUACGUUUUUAACAUUUGUAUUUAUUCAAGUUUCGCCUGUCAUAAUGUAUUUUGUAUAUAAAUAUACAAAAAUAUUCUAUUUACAUGAAAAGUGUGUGAACCAUUUUUCUACAAAUAAAAAUAUAACUUU